UGUUUUUUUUUGUUGAAUUUAUUUACUUGUUCCUUUGUUUAUUCUUGCUUUUUAUUUGCAAAUUUUUAUCUUCGCUUUUUCUCUUAAUUUUAAACUCAGAUGAUGUCGUCUAUUUCAUCGAGGAAAAAUCUUGACGAUGAAAUCAUCAGCUCAAGUGAUAAAAUGUAUUUAUUGGCCUAACAGUAGUCACAAAAAUUUGAUCAGGCAAACACUUUCGAUGGUUUGUUUAUUUCAAUAUAUUUGUCCCCAUUGGCAUAUCCCUUAUUCGUUCCCAAUAAAUUGAGCAUGUGGCUGGAGUCCUCUAUAUAUAAAUAUACUCACGUAGCCUGACAUGUUUUACUAUUGUCUUUCCCAGCCUUCACCUUCUUGCAAAUAAUAGAUUUGCAUACUUUAUUCUUUAGUUUUCUGAAUAGUGUGUGUAUUUAUUUAUUUAUUUUAUUAUUUAUUUUUUCAUUCUUCUUUAGGUAAAUCUUGCUUUUCCUUUUCCCUUCUUUUCUCCUCUCUCUGUCUCUGUCUCUCUCUUCUUUUUCCUUACAAGAGGAACAAAAUCGUUUGUCCCUUGCUACAGUGAUAAUUCCUUUUUCUAUCCUGAAUCUUCUCAUCACUCAAUAGUCAAAGUAAGGAGACUGAAUUUCAUGAGUUUUGUUCUUUGAAAGUAUCACUGGAAUAUUUCUUUUUUUAUUUGAUUUACGACAUUCAUUUCGUAUAGUUGUGUUGCUUUUCUUUUUCCAAUAAAAGGGGGGUUUUUUCCAAAUAAUUAAAUUACCUUUUUGCUUGUUUCAUCGAUUCUUUUUUGAAAAUGGCAAAUUCGUCGUCGUCAUCGUCGUCGUCGUCGACUUCGGCGUUCGUCUCCAGUUUGAUUUUCAAUUUGGUAAUAUUCGCUAUUAUGAUGAGUAUCUUCAUUCUCUUGCGUCCUCGUGAAAAACGUGUUUACCAAGCUCGAUGCGAAGUCAAAACUCAGCCUGAAGAAGAAAUCCCAGAACCUGCUGGUGGUGGUCCUUUUUCCUGGGUUCUCGCUUGCUUCAAAUAUUCUGAAACUUCGUUGAUUCGAUACGCUGGUAUUGAUGCUUACUUCUUUUUACGUUAUCUAUUCACCUUUACUUUCCUUUGCUUCUUGGGUUGCAUCCUCGUGCUACCCAUCUUGCUCCCCGUCAAUGCUACAAAUGGAAACGGUAAAAGCGGAUUCGAUAUUAUCUCCUUUUCCAAUGUGAAAAAUCACAACCGCUUUUAUGCACAUGUAUUUCUCAGUUGGAUCUUCUUUGGUUCCGUACUCUUUGUCAUCUACCGUGAACUACAUUACUAUGUUGUCUUUCGUCAUGCUGUCCAGGCUUCUCCCCUCUAUGACCAAAGCAAGUCUUCUCACCACAUGGUCAUCAGCGAGCUUCCCAAAUAUGCUCUUGAAAACAAAGAUGUCGUGCGUAAACAUUUCCCAAACGCCUCUCGUAUUGAGUACGUGCAUAAUAUCAAGAAGCUUCAGAAAAGAGUUGAAAAACGUAGCAAUUUGGGCGAUACAUACGAAGCCACUCUGAAUGGACUCAUCAACAAGUCCGUCAAAAAGAGAAAUAAAUUAAUCAAGAAACAAAAGGAACUACCCACAGAACUUGAACUCACUUCUUACGUGAAAAAACGUCCUACACACCGCCUCACUUUUCUUAUCGGAAAAAAGGUUGAUUCUAUUGAUUACUGCCGUGAUGAAAUUGCAAAGUUGAACGAGCAAAUCGACGAACUUCAAACCAAGGUGGAAGAACAGAAGAAGGUGGGCUCCGUUAUCCUUGAAUUCCCAUCUCAAGCUCAACUUCAAAUGGCUUACCAAGCCUUUCUAUACUCUUCCCAAUUCCGUCGUUGGCGCAUGGGUCGUGUUCUUUUGAACGUUAAUCCUGAUGAGAUCAUCUGGUCGAAUUUGACUAUGUCUACACCGGAGCGAUAUGCCCGUAGAUUCGCCGCCAAUUCCGUCCUAACAGCCAUGAUUAUAUUCUGGUCCAUUCCUGUAGCUGUCGUUGGUUGUAUUUCUAACAUCAACUUCUUAACUAGUAAGGUGCACUUCUUGCGGUUUAUCGACAAUAUGCCCUCCAAAUUGAUGGGUAUUAUCACUGGUAUUUUGCCUACUGUUGCAUAUGCUGUUCUGAUGUCUCUUGUGCCUCCGUUCAUUAAAUAUAUGGGCAAAGUUGGUGGUGGACUUACCAUCCAUGAAAUUGAAAGAUACUGCCAAACUUGGUUCUAUGGUUUCCAUGUAGUUCAAGGUUUCUUAGUUCUUACCGUGACGUCUGCAGCAAGUUCUGCUGUGGUAUCUGUAAUCGAGAAACCUCAAAAUGCCAUGUCUCUUUUGGCCUCUAAUUUACCAAGAGCAUCCAACUAUUAUAUCUCACAAUUUUUAUUACAAGGAUUAGCAUUCCCUGGUGGUGCACUUGCUCAAAUUGUGGUUUUGGCUUUAUCAAAGGUACUGGGACGCAUUUUGGAUAAUACACCGCGCAAAAAGUGGACCCGCUGGAUUAGUCUAUCACAACCUAGCUGGGGCGUAUUGUAUCCCACCUAUUCCUUGUUGGUAGUAAUCAUGUUGUGUUAUUCCAUCAUCGCACCGAUCAUUAUGGGAUUUGCCUUGGUUGGAUUGUCUUUAAUUUACGUUGCUUACUUGUACAACUUGAUUUAUGUAUUUGGACACAGCGCUAAUGCCAAAGGCAGAAAUUAUCCAAUGGCUUUGUAUCAAAUGUUUGUGGGUCUUUACCUUGCUGAAAUUUGUUUAGUUGGAUUGUACGUCUUAGGUAAGAACUGGGGCUGCACAGUUUUGCAAGCUCUGUUUUUGGGAGCUACAGUGGCAUGUCACUUGUACUUCAAGCACAAAUUUUUGCCAUUGAUAGAUAUAGUACCCGUGAGUGCGAUUGAGUCCGCCAAUGAGCAUCCCGAAGUAAAAUAUCCCAACGAUUUGGGUGCCUCUGAGGCAAAGGCGAUGGCAAGAAUGUAUCCAUCGAAUGUCGAAGAUGCGGUUCCCUUGAGCGAAGGUAAUGAAAGCGAAGCUUGGCAGGUAUCGUCAGCGAUGGAUGAACCCGAGAAGAAGGAGAACGACAAGUCAGCGGAAGUUAUGGGUGAGCAAACUGAUCAAAUUCAAACGAAGGAGUCAACAACAAAGACAUCUGGAUUCAAUGAGGUAGCUUCGAUACAUCAAGAAUCCAACUUUGCUGGAAGUUAUCUUUCUUCUGCGUUCCGUAAAAAUACCAUUAUGCCUGCAUUUGAUCGCGUCUUGCAAAUAUUGCCCAGGUUCUAUGGCAUCGGACCUACUAAUCAGCAACCUUUGCAGUUUAUUGAUCCAGCAUUACAAUCGACUCCUCCAUCGAUAUGGAUUCCACGCGACCCUAUGGGUUUGUCUAAGCUAGCCAUUGAAGAUGCGAAAGGCAAGGUGGAUGUGUUUGAUGACAAUACCGGGUAUAAUGAAAAGGGCCAAUUGGAAAACACGGGACCUCCUCCCAAAUAUGAAGAUGCUGUUUCUGCAUAAUCGCAAUUCUAAUAACCAUUGCUAUAAUUUUAAGGAUGAUUAUAAUAAUAGCUAUAAUAAUAAAGCAACUAAUAUGAUGGAUAAGUAAUACAUCCACCGGUUAGAUAGGUAGGGAUAUCUAGGUUUUAUCAAUAUGGAAGGUGAACAAAGUUGUCUGUUUGCUUUUAAAAAGCAUCUUGUUGUCGUAUUAAUCUCAAGAAAAAAAAAAAAAAAA